CCACUUCUGAAAUACCACCCCACCACCACCACCCUCGACAGCCCUUUCGACACCCGCCGCAUACCUCCACCGCCAGCAUGAACCACCUUCCUCACGGCUGGGGCAGACCCCGCGACGACGUCUACGGCAGCUACAACUCCUCCUACCUGCCCCAGUCCCACGGCGGGACUCAACAACCCAUCACCCACACGCAAUCACCCAUCGUGACGGGUACCUCAGUAAUCGGCCUCAAAUUCAAAUCCGGCGUCGUCAUCGCCGCCGACAACCUCGCAUCAUACGGCUCCCUCGCCCGCUUCACAGACGUGCACCGCCUGAAACCUUUCAACCGCAAAACAGUUGUGGGCUUUGGCGGCGAUGUUUCGGACAUGCAAUACAUCGAUCGCCUCCUCCAAUCCCUUGACAUCGAAGAGACGUACGGCACAGCCUCCCACGAAGAUGAGGGAGAUGCGAUCAUGUCCGCCAAGAACCUACAUACCUACCUCGCAAAAGUCAUGUAUAAGCGUCGAACGGACUUCAACCCGUUGUGGAAUGCUCUGUUGGUGGCGGGGUUAGACGAGAAGAAUAAGCCUUUCCUGGCGAGUGCCGAUCUGCUGGGGACAACCUUCUCUGCCCCGACUCUGGCUACUGGGUUCGGCGCGCAUCUUGCUCAGCCCAUCUUGAGACGAAGUGUGCCGGAUGAGGCGGCCAGUCAGAAGCUGGAGAGGGCAGAUGCGGUCAAGGCGAUCAAAGAUUGCAUGAAAGUCUUGUUCUACAGAGAUGCGAGAUCGAUGCCGGUCUACAGUAUUGCGGUGAUUGAUGAAAAGGGUGUGGAAUUGCACGAGGAUGAGAAGCUGGAGGACCAGAGCUGGGACUUUGCUGAUCGCAUUCGAGGAUACGGUACACAGACGGUUUGAGCGAGAAUCAGAUCACAAACUAUGCCACGAGUUUGGAAUUGAAAGCUGGUGGCGCGUCAAGAGAAGAAAUGGCGACACGAUUCAGCUGGUAUCUUCGCCGCCAGAAGCUGACGGUAUUUGGCGCUGUAUAACUACAUACAAUGAAUGCAUCCUCUGAGCGAGUGAGUCCGUCGGGACUACUGCGAUGCUACAAUGCGAAACCCUUAUGACAUGAUUACAACCUACCUAUGAAGCCUUUCCUUCUCUCGUAGUCCAACCAACGAAAUAUGCCCUCGUCUUCAACCAUCAUCAUCAUUCUCAAACCAAUCCAUCACUCUCAAUAACCACAUGAUGAUGAUGACGUCCUUGAUCCGAUGCGCUCCUAGCCUUCUCACUCUCUGUCUUUUCCUUUGAAGUCUUCUCCUCCAUCUUCUUCUCCACUUUCUUCUUCUUCUGCACAGCCGGUGAACUCUUCACCUCAUCAAUCUCCACCGAAGGCGAUCUCGUCAUCGUUGUCUUCGUCGCCGUUGUCUUCCUGGUAUUAUUAUUAUCAUUCUUCUUCUUCUUCGGUCCCAUAGUCAUCUUCGUCAUCUUGUUAUUAUUGUUGCCCGUGGCAGUAGCCAUAGCAGUAGCAGUAGCCGUAGUCGUAUUUGUAGUCCUAGCCUCAGCUCCAGCCGUAUCCAUAGCCUCAGCUCCAGCCGUAUCCAUAGCCUCAGCCUCAACCUCAGCCUUGGUACUUGUAGUCAUACCCCUAGUAGUACGAUUCCCAUCCUCCAUCCCCAAUUUCCGCGAAAUUUGCACUUGAGCUAUUCUUCUUCUCGGUGGAGGAGGAAGAGGAAGAGGAGGUUGGUGGUGGUGAUUUGUCGCAGUAGGAGGUUUUUUAUUGGCGUAGUUGAACGGAAGGUCGAGGAUUUCAUCGUCAUCAUCUGAGGAUGAGGAGGAUGAAGAUGAGGAAGAGGAUUGGAUAGGAGUGUCGUUGGCGGGGUGGGGGAGAUUGAUGAGACCACCAGUAGCAGCAGUAUCAUGAGCACGACGAGUAAGGCCAAUGCUGGCUUUGGUGGGUCGGGGAUUGUGCUGUUGCUUCUGCGGCUUGAGAGUCGAAGGAUUGGGUCUUUCGGUGAUGGUGUUUGCGAUGAUGGGUUCUUUGGUCGUCUUGUUGGUGAGAAGGACGUCGUCAUCUGCUGUCCCGUCUUCUUCUUCUCUUCUCUCCGGUUUCUCUGGACUAGGAACAUCUGGUCCAUCGGCUAGCUUCUCGAGGGUGACCUCUCCUUCUUCUUCUUCUUCUUCUUCUUCUUCUUCUUCUUCUUCUUCUUCUUCUCCUCCUCCUUCUUCUUCUUCUUCUCCUCCUUCUUCUUUCUCAUCCCCUCCAUGAUCCUGCGAAGUAGAGAAAUCCAUAUCGCCUUUAUUGGCCUUUUCAAUCUCUUCCGGUGUCGCACGUCUCUUGGCUCCAGUGACAGGAUCCCAAAUCCAACCCUCUUUCAACCACAUCCAUCUCAAACAAGCCCUCAAUUCCUUAUCCUGCGGCAAAACUCUCUUCCAUUCGGGUUCAAAGGAGAACACUUCUCCUUUUCCCUCUCCCUCUCCUUCCUCUUUCGUAGAGCGAGAGCAAGGAUGAGUAGUCGUUCCCAAAUAAUCCGUCGCAACAACACCGCGUAAAACAUCACGACAGAAGAUUCUCCAGCUAUCGUAUGCGUAAGCGCCACAGCCUGGCAAGUGGGCGAUUUCGAGAGCACCGGCACAAUCUUCCACGUCGCCUUCAAUGACUUGUCCCGAUUUGAAGUGUUUCCCAUCUCCUUUGCUCGGAUAAUGCAGCGUUCUAAACCGCCGACCCUUGCGAGGAGGAUCUUUUUCCCACGCUGCCGCUAACAGUUUCAAUCGCUUUGUUCUCUGAUGCUGGAAACCGAGGUGUUUGAUCAUGUGGAAUAGUUCGUCGUAAUCUGCCUCGGCAAGUUGAGCAGGUGUGUUCCAUUUCUCGCGGAUCUUCCAGAAUGUGGGAGCGGCUUGACGACCGGUGGUUUUGUUGAGAAAUACCGUCGCGAUGAUGAGCCAGAAUGGUUCGUGACAGGUUCGUUCUUGAAUGAUUCCAAACAACGGACUGUCGAGGGGGGGACAGGGACUGGAAGAUUGUCCUGCGGGGACUUUUCGUCGAGCACCUGCUGUGGUGUUGUAGACAUCUACGCGAUCCGAGAUGAAGUGUUCGCUGAUCGUGCCAGUCUUCUUGGCAGGAGAUUUCUUUUGGGAAGCAGGCUGAGGCGUGCUUGUUGGGACAGCCUCAACUACCGUUUGCGGAUCACCAGGCAGUUCAUUUUUCCGCUCAGUCGAAGUAUCUACAACAAUAGAGCUGUUUUGUACUCGAGGUAAACUUUUGGGCCUAACGGACGUGGGGAAGUGAGUGCUGGUAUUGCCAGUCAUCUUCCUUUUCUUGGCAGAUGUCGUCGCCGGGGAUCCUGUGGCCAUGUCUAUGGCUGCUUGCACUUCAGGUGGCAGAAGUGCAACCUUGCGAUGCUCGAAUGAAGAGGACACGGGGCGAUCGACGUGACUUGACGACAUGGAGGUUCUGGCACGCGUCUUCCUCAUCGCUGCUGGCGUUUCCAUCGCAAUGUCGCCGUCACUGUCGAAAUGGUCGAGACGAGCACUAGAUUCGCUGGAAGCAUUCACACUAUCUGCAUCGUCCUCUCCGUCCUCGUCAACACUGCUUUCGUCAUCCACUUCGAAAGGAACCAGCUCAGGAGCUGGCGCAUUCACGGUACGCUGCAGGGAGGUGUAUUCUAGGACUUCGGGCUGACUGCUAGUGACUGGUGGAACAAAUCUUGAAUUCCUUCGACCAUGAACAUUGUUGCUGGGAUUGAUUGACCGAUCGCCCUUGAUACUAGCCGAUUGAAUGUCAGGGUAUAGAUCUCCAAUUUCAUGUAUCGACCUUGUGUCCGCGAAAACACUGUUUGAGACGUCUUCAAUCAAGCUGGGGAUAUCCUGCGUUUCCACGUCCAUGAUGAUGGAACCAUCGUCUUGCGAGUCAUCUGGUCUGCUGGCUGCUUUGCUGGCUUGCACUGGCAGAUUUUGAGAAAGGCCAGACUCUGUCCCACCAAGAUCCUGACUCGACCUUGUUCUCUUGACGGCGAAGUUAGCUGUUGCCGACGAUCUGGAGGGCUGAUCUCGUAUACCUGGAGCUUCGUGCCGAUGCGUGGCUAUCGACGUCUCUUCUGGGGCCUGCACGACUUCCAUUGGCUCCCCUUCGCGUUGUGUGCUCGCAGUAACAUGCGGAUCAUGGACUUCUUCUCUCCGACCAGAGACAGAAGCUAGAUCAGAGGCCGAUGCCUCUUCAUCUGUAUCCACUUGGAUAGAAUCUUCCGGCGCCGCAGUGGUCGGGUCGGUAGGAUCAGCACCCUGUGACUCUUGUGCAGCAUCGGCUCCUUUAUCUUCCGUUUCUUCAUCAUUUGAACUCUCGUCACUGGCUUGCCCUUCAGCCAUCGCCACGUCUUCGGCAUCCUCUUCUGACUCUCCAUCGUCGAAUUCCUUGUCAUGGGAGUCUCGGUCACCAUCCUGAUCAUCCAUGUCUUCGCCGUUCAACUGCUCGCCUUCCAUGUCAACCGCUUCAAUAUGUGCAUCAUCUGCCGUCUGUGCAGUCUUCUCGGCAUCAUCAGACGUACCGGUCUCAAGCAUUGAAGAUGAGGCAGCCAAGACUAUCUCACCAUCUUCAUUAAGGAUGAAAUCUGGAGCGUCAUCAUUUUCAGUCACCUCUUCCACGACAUUACCACGGCCUUGGACACUCUCGGACUCGCCUUCACUUUCGUCCGGAACGUCUGACCGCUGUCCUGGUGGCGGUUCGGAUAGCCUGGGCCCACCAUUGGCAGGCAUGUGAGGCGUUUCAGCUACUGCCUCUUGCUCAAGCUUAUCACUGCUAUUGCUGCUGCUGCUGCUGCUGCUGCUGCUGCUAUCGGUGCUUUCUUCAUCUUCCGCUUUUGCCGCUGCUUCUGUGCUGACUUUGGCCUCGCCGGGAAUCGUGGUAUCCCCGCCAUAUGCGGCCUCGGUACUUUGCUCUGCCGAACGUGGUUUUGUUUCUUCCUCGACGGGAAGAAUCUCUUCAUCGGAGGUCUCGUCUUCAGAGGACUCGCUGCUGCUUUGAAUCUCGUUCUUUUGGGGCGCUGGCGUCGCAGAUGACGCCACCAGCUGCGGAGGCUGUUCAACUGCUUCAACAUCCUCCUCCUCCUCUUCAGAUGAUUCUCCAGAAGACGAUGAGGGUCCUGAUGGAAUGUCCUUCACAGGUGCUGUCGCGAGAUCAUUGACCGUAGA